CGUCACGUGACCAAUGAGCCACUUACACUACUACGCCAUAAAACUCGCUAAAGUCAAGACACGAACGACUUGCCCCCAGAUUUGGAGAACUAAUAGUUGGUCAAAUGACGGGGUUUCCUUGCCAGUGCAUCAAGGGCUUCCCAUCCUCCACGCAGAAUACAAGGCGAGUUCCCACGCACGGCGUCGAGAUGCGCGGACAACUCCUCCGGGCUGAAUAUUAAAAGGCAGGUUCCGCUGACACGCAUCGUGCGCACUGACUGACUCCCUCGCCGGAUCCAAGACCCGCAUACUCGUCAUCUCCAUCUCCAUCUCCAUCUCCAUUCGCGCACGACUGACUGAGAAGGAGAGAGGCUGCUCUGGAUUCUCAGAAUGUUUUAGCGGUGCCAUGACUGACACGGUGUUGAGCAGCAGCUCGGAUCGCUGGGUGCCCAACGACGGGCAAAGAACCAUGCACGCUAGUGAUAAAGAACAGGGCGAUUGGACCGUGCAGCCGGGCCCCGGCCCCGGUUCUGCUCCGGACCUGACAGAUGAAGAAAAAGAAAUGAUAAACGGUGUGAUUGCACGAGCUGAGAAAAUGGAAGCCAUGGAGCAAGAGAGGAUUGGGCGCUUAAUAAACCGCCUGGAUGACAUGAAGAAGACCGUGUGUGGUGAUGGACUGUCUCGAUGUGUGCUGUGUGGGGAGCAGCUGGGCACACCUGGGGUCAGCUCGGUGGUGUGCGAGGACUGCAAAAAGAACAUGUGUACUAAGUGCGGUACCCAGUGCAAUAGCCGGCCCCGUGCUGUGUGGCUGUGCAAGAUCUGCAGAGAACAGCGAGAAGUGUGGAAAAGGUCUGGUGCCUGGUUCUUUAAAGGAUUUCCCAAACAAUUCCUUCCUGCGCCCAUGCCAUUAUCCAAACCGAAAGACCAACGUGCCCAGGAAGCUGCCUCCAAACCCAGGCAGGAGGCAACGGCGCCUCAACAAGCUGGAGCAGAGCUCAAGGGCCGUGCCGGCUACCCACCUGUGGCCCCGAAGCCGUCAGUUGUGCGCACGGCCACGGGGAGUGCUGGCCCUGAAGAGGCAGAGCAGGGAAGCCCGGUGGUGAUGAAGAGGACGGUGCCCGUUCAAAGCUCCAGACCGCAGCCCGUUGUGACGCCUUCUAUGGCUCCACAGGGUCAGGUAGGACGCGAUGGAGGCGCUUACACUUCUGGUGCGAUCCCUUCAGAGCAGAGAGCGCCUCCUGCUAUACGAGAGGACAGAAGGCAGCCUGCUGCUUCCAGUGCUCCUCCUGCCCGACAUCAACCUCCGCCAGCGGGGGAUGAAGAGGAGGCCAAUGACUAUGACUCUGAUGAAGCCACCACUCUGGGCUCUCUGGAAUUCAGUCUGAUGUAUGAUCAGGAAAGCAACAGCCUCCAUUGCAGCAUCCUCAAAGCAAAGGGUUUGAAACCUAUGGAUUCAAAUGGACUUGCCGAUCCUUAUGUCAAGCUUCAUCUGCUGCCAGGGGCUAGCAAGUCAACAAAGCUGCGCACAAAGACCUUGAGGAACACCCGCAACCCUGCGUGGAAUGAGAACCUCACCUACCACGGCCUGACGGAUGAUGACAUGCAGCGCAAGACCCUCAGGCUGUCUGUCUGUGACGAGGACAAAUUUGGGCACAAUGAGUUUAUCGGCGAGACCCGAGUGGCGCUGAAGAAACUGAAGAUGAAUCAGAAGAAAAACUUUAACGUGUUUCUGGAGAGAGUUGUUCCAACAAAGAGAACAGCGACAGCCGGUGGCGCUCGAGGCAUUGCGCUCUACGAAGAUGAGUCUGCCAAAGAUGGCGGAGAGGUAGAGGAACGUGGUCGCAUUCUCAUCUCCCUCAUGUACAACACCCAGCUGAACCGCCUCCUCGUCGGUGUGGUGCGCUGUGUUCAUUUGGCUGCCAUGGAUGCCAAUGGAUAUUCUGACCCUUAUGUCAAAAUAGUUCUGAAACCGGACAUGGGGAAGAAGGGCAAGUGCAAAACUCAGAUCAAGAAAAGGACUUUAAAUCCAGAGUUUAAUGAGGAAUUCAGCUUUGAUAUUAAACACAGCGAACUGGCUAAGAAGACUUUAGAUGUCUCUGUGUGGGAUUAUGAUAUUGGGAAAUCCAAUGACUACAUUGGUGGCUGUCAGCUGGGCAUCACUGCCAAAGGAGAGAGGCUAAAACACUGGUAUGAGUGUUUGAAGAACAAAGACAAGAGAAUUGAGCGCUGGCACACCUUGAUGAAUGACAAUCACACCACGAGUGAUUAACCGCCUGUUACACACACAGCAUGAGCGAAAACGUCCCCCAGCCUCUUGAUCUGCAUUUUCCUUCCUGUGCACCUUUAUAUAUUGCCUUGUUUUAUUAUGCGUUAUUUCACCACCUGACAGAGGCACUGCUCUCAAGGCUCCUCCUCUUUCCUUUUCUUUUCUUGACCUGUGCUGACUUAAUCUGCCUCUGAGCCAUCGACUAUAUAGACAAAAGUAUCCAGACACGCUUCUCAAUCAAUGAAUGAAUCGAUCAGGAGUUGGGCUAAAUCUCUUGCAUCACAUCUCCCUCAAUUGAAAUGCUCAUCUUACCAGAACUUCUAGACAAUUCUUUACUUCCAACUUUGUGCAAACUGUUUGGGAAAGGCAGUUUUCUGUUCCAGCAAAGUCCAUAAAUACAUGGUUGGAUGGGUUUUGUGCGGUAUAACUUGCACAGAACCCCAGCCUCAAUCCCGUCAAACACUUUUGGGAACAGAGAUAGCGAGCCAUCAGGCUUUCUCUCACGUCAAACAUUAGUCAUCUCUGACCUCGCAGAUGUUCUUUUGGGAGGAAUGGACAAAAGAAUCUUCUGAAAACGCACUCCAAUCUUACCCGAAAAGUGGAAACCAAUUAUAUUUUUUUUCCAUUUUCACUUAGGUGCUGUGAUCAUGCAACCAUAUACCUUUUUAUGUAUAAUGUGCAAUGGUUAACAUAAAGGCUAUUCAUUUAUUAAAAACAAACUCCAGGGUAAAAAGAAAAAAAGGAAAAUCUCAGUCCACACAUGUGGCCUUUGUUCCCCCAAAAACGCAUUUGCUGGCAGUCAAGCGCAUGCCAAAUAAACAGGUGCCGCUACAGCCCCAAACUAUAUGUCCUUAAGCCAAGCGAAAGCACGGAAAAUCGAGCAAAAAGGGGAGUCCUACACGUGGUCUGACAGUGGAGCAAAAGUCCAUUUUCAGUGACCGACUGUACAAUGUAGAUGAAAUACCGUCGAUUCGGGAAAAACGCCUGUGGUUGUGUGGACUUAGCCAGCGAUUUUGUUAAUGUACUCGAGACAAACCGUUGCACAAUUGUACAGUGUUACGUUGAGCCUGAGACAUUGUUGCUUCAUAGGCGUUGAACAAAAAAACAAACAAAAAAAAGCAAUAUGUUGUAGCACCCGAGCUCACAAUCAUUACCGAGGCUUCUAAAAGCAGAGAACUCAUGCCUAAACAUUCGCCACAAUGUCUUGCGUAUUCCUUUUGAGAUCUGGUGUGAUGAUGUCACACACCCGAGUAUAACACUUGAACUAUACGAGCAUGCCAAACCGCUGACAUGGAAGACAAUACUGAACAUAAUGUAUAUAACCAUGAAGAAAUGUUUACAUACUGAUACAUUGCUCAGGUUAGGAUAGGAUAGAAAUAUGAUCUAUAGAUGCCUCAUAAGUAUUUGGAUCUUUCACCGAUUGAUGUUAAUUUGUGAUUUUGAUUAGAGCACAUGAAGAUGAAUAUUAGGUGUAUAUGUUGUUGUUUAAUCUGCGAAAUUUAAGUUUGUGGUAAUUAACACUGACAGCUUUUCUAUGUUUUAAACUGAAUGCGCACGAGCGUUCACUCCUUAGCAAAUGAGUCGGGAAGAAAAGUGUUUUUUGUUGUUGUUGUCGUUUUGUUUUGUUUUUGUUUUGGUCAUAAGUGUGCAGCCUUACCUGCAUGCACUGUGCUUGUGACUCUCAUGUGCCUGCGGCAGUCGUGGCCCACUCUUACCGUACACAUUUGCACAAUGCAGGCUUAUUCUGCCACUCCCUCCCAAUUCAUGGCUUUGGCGCGUAAUCAAUAAUCACAGCAAACCGAGCAAAGCACACCUUACAAAGUGGAAUGACCUCAACUUAUACAGCUGUUUGCAAGUUAUUCCAAGUACAAAACCAAGAAAUUCUAUGCAUGACGUUUAUUGUGGUACAAGAUGUAUACAGUAUCUGUACAUAUAGGCAUAUACUUUGUGAGAAUAAUGACACAAUUCUAUUAAUGUUUACAUCUCUUUCCUAUUCAUAUACAAGAGGCCAUAUUCUGCAUGACUAUGGCAUAAUUUGAAUAAACUGCUAAACUAAUUUGAUGAGCAUAUAAUCACAUGGCUCUUAACAGGUAACAGUAGCAGAUUUAAGAGAGUCAUGUCGUUCAUCACUGUCUUGUUGUCUCUGCGCAACAUCUCGGCCUCCCUGUGGCAGUGUGCAAAGGACCUGCCAGUAGCAUCUUGUACAUGUUUCUAUUUUGUGCCGCUUCGGCCGUCGAGGUCAUCACGAGAUCGACACAAAUCAUGUUUGAUUGAUUGUUUACUUUAAUAAAACAGGCAGCUCUCAGAGCAUUCUGCCAAUCUUGAUCUCUGUUGUAAAUAGAGUAGUGCAUGCACUGGGAACAUGUAUGUUUGCACACUAUGUUGCAUGUAAAGAUUUUGCAGAGUUAACACAGGUCAAUAAAAUCAAAUAAAAUCAA